AUCCCAAUGUGUGAAAAUGAAGUCUCAGUCAACCAUGAUUUGCUGUUUAAUGUUAUUUCUGACCACAGAAUGUUCUCAGUAUAGAGCCAAGAUCCACAUAAAAGAUGGAGAUAAACAUCAACAUCUUGAAGAGAAACCCAAGACUGGAAGGAUACAAGAGAAAUGUCAUGGUCCUUGCAUCACUUCAUCCAACUGCAGCCAGCCCUGUGCUCACCCCUUUCGUGGAGAAAUAGGAUUUACAUGUAAUCAAAACAUGUGGCAAAAAUCAACUGAAACAUGUACAAGCCUUUCUGUGAGAAAGCUCUUCCAGGACUUAAACAGUGCAUCACGCCUUUCGGUGGCAGCACCCUCCAUACCUCUGCGCAUUCUUGACUUUCGCGCUCCGGAGCCCAUGGAGAGCGUGGCGCAGGGAAUCCGCAGGAGCUGCCCGCGGGACUACGCCUGCAUCAUCGAUGCGGUGAAAUCCUCAGAAGCCACGUCUGGAAAUAUCGCUUUUAUUGUGGAGUUGCUAAAAAACAUCUCUACAGACUUGUCUGAUAAUGUUACCCUAGAGAAAAUGAAGAGCUACAGCGAAGUGGCCAACCACAUCCUCGACACAGCAGCCAUUUCAAACUGGGCUUUCAUUCCUGACAGGAACGCCAGCUCAGAUUUGCUGCAGUCGGUGAAUUCCUUCGCCCGGCAACUCCACCUCCGCAAUGCAUCUGAGAACAUUGUGGAUGAGCCCUUCAUUCAGACGAAAGGGUUUCACAUCAGCCACAACACCUCGGAGGAAAGUUUCAGAUUCUCCGGGAACACGAACAAUACAGCAGAGGGGAUCUUAGGAAUGAUAGAAAUUCCCCAGCACGAGCUGUGGAAGCUGCCAGCAAAUGCCUCCCAAGCCAUCACCAUAGCGUUUCCCACCUUGGGGGCUGUGCUGAAAGAAGACCACUUGCCAAAUGCGAGUCUUCCCAGGCCGGUAAAUGGUCUGGUUCUUUCGGUGAUUUUACCAGACCGAUUACAGCAAAUCUUCCUCACGUUUGAGAAGAUCAAUAAAUCCCGGAGUGCCAGGGCUCAGUGUGUUGGCUGGCAUUCCAGGAAAAGGAGAUGGGAUGAGAAGGCGUGUGAGAAAACGUUGGAUGUCAAGAACAGAGUGAAAUGCCGGUGUAACUACACCAAUGCAGUGAUGUCUUUUUCCAUUCUAAUGUCCCCCAUAUCUAUAGAUGACAAAAUCCUGGACUACAUCACCUGCAUUGGGCUCAGUGUCUCCAUCCUUAGCUUGGUUCUUUGCCUGCUCAUUGAAGCUACGGUGUGGUCCCGGGUUGUUGUGACAGAGAUAUCAUACAUGCGCCACGUGUGCAUCGUGAACAUAGCCGUGUCGCUCCUGACUGCUAAUGUGUGGUUCAUCAUAUCCUCCAACUUUAGCAAAAAGGCCCAGGACCACAACUGGUGUAUUGCAAUGACAUUUUUUAGCCACUUUUUCUACCUCUCUCUGUUUUUCUGGAUGCUCUUCAAAGCCCUGCUCAUCAUCUAUGGAAUAUUGGUCGUUUUUCAUAGGAUGAUGAAGUCCCGCAUGAUGGCCAUCGGCUUUGUCAUUGGCUAUGGGUUCCCAUUGAUCAUCGCCGGCACCACCGUUGCUAUCACAAUGCCAGAGAAAGGCUACAUGAGACACGAUGCCUGUUGGCUUAACUGGGACAACACCAAAGCCCUUUUAGCAUUCGCCAUCCCAGCCUUGGUCAUCGUGGCUGUGAAUCUUCUUGUGGUUUUGGUUGUUGCGGUCAACACUCAGAGGCCCUUUAUCGGCAGUUCCAAGUCUCAAGAUGUGGCCAUAAUUAGGAGGAUCAGUAAAAACGUUGCCAUCCUCACCCCACUGCUGGGACUGACCUGGGGUUUUGGAGUAGCCACUCUCAUCAAAGGCAAUUCCUUGAUAUUCCACAUAAUCUUUGCCCUGCUCAACGCUUUCCAGGGGUUCUUCAUCUUGCUGUUUGGAACCAUUAUGGAUCACAAGAUAAGAGAUGCUUUGAGGAUGAAGAUGUCUUCACUGAAGGGACCAACAAGAGUAGCAGAGAAUGCAUCAUUAAGCCCAACCAAUGGAUCUAAAUUAAUGAAUCGUUGAAGAUGAGAUGUGAGUAUUAAAAACUCAAGGAGAACCUUCACCUGCAAGUUGUGACAGACCACUCAGUGCCCUUGUGAGCAUGCUCUUCCCUACUCAGUGAUGCUGGAGUGAGGUGGGAAGGGAAUAGAUGGACGCACCCUUCAGAGAAUAGAAACAUCUUGACCGACCAGCACAUAAAUGAAAAUAUGCACAUCUUCUUUAAAACCUACAGAACCAAGUUAAAUCACACUUGUUUCUGUCCUCAAUGAGAGGAUGCUGCCAUCACACCUGCACUGAUACAGGAUACACCCUUGCUGUCCACAGCGCUCACACACCUAAUUCCAUCUUGGCAGUGAGUGGUGACCCUUACAAUAGACCGAUUGUCCAGAAGGAAGACUUCACUGAUUAAAAUCACAAAGCAGCAAGUCUGUCUCUCCAUAAUGAAGUUAGGGCCAGAAUCAUUCCUAAGGGGGCGUGGGUGGAGUUGCAUCAAACUAGCUGUCUACUCACAGCCAACCUAUGAGACAUUUCUACACAAGGGAAAACAAAUAUUAGGCAUCCAUGAAGGAAGAACAAGUCACAAAAUGGCAGGCUAAAGCCUGAGCAGUAAUAGGGGAAUGUGGGCAGGAAUGAUCAGUCUUGGUAAGGUUUCGUCUUGGAGAGUUCAUGGCCUUUCUUCAUGGAUGUUGAUGGGUCUCAGGUUUUGUUUUUAAGAAUCACCUGGCAACAGUCACAUCCUCUUUUACAUUCCUUUCCAUUCUGAGUCAUGGCCCAUAUAUUCAGCAAUGAGGCAAAGAAAAGGCAAAUCUUAGGGAAGUAAAGAACCCUAAAGGGACUUCCUCUGUUACAGCUUCUAAAAACCUGAUGUGCUGGUGUCCAGAGAGAGGGAGGGAGAGUAAGAAGGGCUUUGUUACACACAUUGACUGGCAUAUGUGGGUGCUGGGAAAUCAGAGGGAAACACUGGCAUAUUAUUCUUAAUUAAGCAUCUUUACAUUUGGGUUUUAUCUGAGCACUUUAAAAGGGAGGAGGGAGGAUUUAGUAGAACUUCACAAAGUUUAACUCUCCCCACCUCUGCCCAUUUUCUAGCCCCUAGGGUUCCUCCAUGGUGGAAUAUUAUUAUCACAUGUAUUGAUUAGCCAUUCACUGAGAUUUAGUUCAGAAGAUCUUUUCAAGUUGACCUUUCUAUUAAGGUCCCAGUUUGAGCUGUUAGGGAGUUCAUUAGACUGUCUCAGCUGGAGGCCCUUCCUCCUGGGCAGCGUAUAUCCAGCCAUUCUAGAGAAGAGGAGCAUGGUUGCACCCAGCUAAUGGUGGUAGUAAAAGUUGGGGGAAAAAAGUAGAAGCCAAGAUCAGGAACUACACUGCUUAGUAGAACUGGGAUGUGCACAAGGCUUAGACCCAUAUUAGGAGGAAGUGUAGGAAAGAAGUAGAAAUGCACUAACAAUUCUCCCCAAAGAAAUCCACAUAAUUUUUCAACAUCUAUUUUUGAACCUAUGAGGUGGGGGAUGAAUUAAAGAUUCCAUUCUUUCGGCAUAUCCUCCUCUCAUGGCCCAGGGCCUAAUGAAUUGUAAUUGGGACUAUGCUUUCACAUCUGGAUGCAUGUGAUAUCAGUAGGGUUCAGGAACAACGCUGGCACCAUGGCAGACCAUGCUGGGGCCCAACAAGCAUUAGAGGCAAGGGAUAGCAAAUUCAUACUAAGUGAUCCUUCCAAGUCCAGAAUGGAGAGCUGGCAGCAUGAGGGAGGUCUUUCAGCAGAAAUGAGAGAUUGGGGCUCAUCCACGGUGUUUAGAGUGGAGUUACAGCUCAGUGACAUGGGGUGUAUGAUAAGCGCAAGGCAGAAUCACAGUCCAGGACAAGACUAAACCACAGGGAAAAGGUCAUAUUUCAGUCCUUAAUUCAGAAUAAAAAAAUAAAAGAUUGAUGGUGUUCUCAGAAGGUGAGAAGAAUUCCAGUGGCAAGAAAUGGGGAGGGAGGUCAGAAGUGAACUUGCAGAGAACUGAGCCCCCUGAACAUGAGUGGCAGCUCCUCAGAUCCCAGUGACCUCAGGUGAGAUAGCUCUUAGAAGCAUGGUUGGGACAGGAGGUCCCAGGGUCAGGGGUGGACUGCAGAGGUGUGAAAACCAGGGUUUACUUCAGGUGUAGAUUCUAAUUGGGGGGCCCCAUUCUGGGAGGUGAUUGGAUGGCAUUUUUAUGAUGAGGCGACAGCCACUUGGAACCCUCAGCCAUUUAUAUAAAGGUUAGUUCUUUAAUGUGACCUGAACACAGCAGGUUUCACCCAGUGUGAUUUCAGGGUCGAGGUUCUGUUCCUCUAAAAUCUCUUCCACAUAUUUGCUUAUGCCUGAAAUUCACCUAAAAGAUUACAGAACUCCUCAUUCCACCAUGAGAAAUGAGACAUUGAACAAAUAACCUGGAGAGAAGCAAUGAUGUUUUCUAUGUAAAGUUGUAAGUUCAGAGCUGCAGAGUUAUUUCAGAGACCAAGCUUAGGUAAUAGAGAAGGGCGAGUAGGCACUGAGCGCUGAGUUUAAGGUUGAGGGAGAAGGAUGGAUAAUGCCUAAGGCACAGACCAGUAAAGCUGGGAGGCUAACCUGUCUACUAUGUGAGCUCAGAGGAAUUGCAGAAUACCCCUGUGCCUCCAUCCACUCCUCUGUAAAAUAAGUCUAGUGAUAGUACACGCAUAGCCCAGGAUGGUUUCUGGAGUCAGUGAGUUAAUAUGUUAAAAACUGGUAGAGUCAUGCCUGGUUCAAAUUAAGUGAUUAAUAGACACCAGCCAUAUUCUUUCUGUUAACUAGAGCUUCCACCGUUUUGCCUAGGCUUCCCCAUUUCUCACGGAUGCUCCCUGCCCUGGACUGAGAGCUGAGUUUCAGGAGAAGGGCUGGCAUGAGAUGAGACAGGUCGGCUUCCUUGGGAGACUUCUCUUCUUGCCUGGAGCAACACCUAAAAUCUCA